AUGGAACGUGCAAGGAGGCUAGCUAACCGUGCAAUCUUGAAAAGGCUGGUUAAUGAAUCAAAUCAAAGCCACAAACAUGCCAGAAAUGAAUCAGCUUUGUUAAGCUCUUCACCUCCUGUAUUAUACACUCCUUCAAGGUAUGUUUCCUCAUUGUCAUCAUUUGGUUCUAGAAGUCCUAGAUCAGGUCUAUUGCCAGGAGGCAAAAAUAUUGUAUCCCAUAAUGCUGCUGCUGUUUCUGCUGGUCAUUAUGGCAUUGGGUCACAAACAAGAUCCAUUUCUGUUGAAUCUUUGAAACCAAGUGACACUUUCCCUCGCCGCCAUAACUCAGCCACCCCGGAAGAACAAACCAAAAUGGCUGAAUUAUGUGGCUUUGGUACUCUUGAUUCAUUGAUAGAUGCAACUGUGCCUAAAUCGAUUAGACUUGAUUCUAUGAGGUUCUCAAAGUUUGAUGGUGGGUUAACAGAGAGCCAAAUGAAUGAACAUAUGAAAUAUUUGGCAUCGAAGAAUAAGGUUUACAAGUCUUAUAUUGGGAUGGGGUAUUAUAACACUCAUGUUCCACCUGUGAUUUUGAGGAAUAUAAUGGAGAAUCCAGCCUGGUAUACACAAUAUACACCGUACCAAGCUGAGAUAUCUCAGGGUAGAUUGGAGUCUUUGCUCAAUUACCAAACCGUGAUUACUGAUCUUACUGGAAUGCCUAUGUCAAAUGCUUCAUUGCUUGAUGAAGGGACUGCUGCUGCAGAGGCAAUGGCUAUGUGUAAUAAUAUUCAAAAGGGAAAGAAAAAGACUUUUAUAAUUGCUAAUAAUUGCCACCCUCAAACUAUUGAUAUUUGCGAGACUAGAGCUGAUGGUUUUGAUCUUAAGGUAGUUACUGCAGAUCUCAAGGAUAUUGAUUAUAAAUCUGGGGAUGUUUGUGGGGUCUUAAUUCAGUAUCCAGGAACUGAGGGCGAGGUUUUGGAUUAUGGGGAGUUUAUAAAGAAUGCUCAUGCUCAUGGAGUUAAGGUUGUUAUGGCAUCGGAUUUGUUGGCGUUGACGAUGUUGAAGCCUCCUGGUGAAUUGAAUGCAGAUAUUGUUGUUGGUUCGGCUCAGAGGUUUGGUGUUCCUCUGGGGUAUGGGGGUCCUCAUGCAGCAUUUUUGGCUACCUCACAAGAGUACAAGAGGUUGAUGCCUGGUAGAAUUAUUGGUGUUAGUGUCGAUUCUUCAGGAAAGCCUGCGCUGCGUAUGGCGAUGCAAACUAGGGAGCAGCAUAUUCGCAGGGACAAGGCUACCAGCAACAUCUGUACUGCUCAAGCACUGCUUGCAAACAUGGCUGCUAUGUAUGCCGUCUAUCAUGGACCUGAAGGCCUUAAAGCCAUCGCUCAAAGGGUCCAUGGUCUUGCUGGAGCAUUCACAGUUGGACUGAAGAAACUUGGGACAGUUGAAAUCCUGGGCCUUCCCUUCUUUGACACUGUGAAAGUUAAGUGUGUUGAUGCACAUGCAAUUGCUGAUGCUGCUUACAAAAGCGAGAUAAAUUUGAGAGUUGUAGAUGCAAACACCAUUACUGUUUCCUUUGAUGAAACAACCACCUUAGAGGAUGUUGAUAAGCUUUUCAAAGUUUUUUCUGGUGGAAAGCCUGUUCCUUUCACAGCUGCAUCUCUGGCACCAGAGAUUCAGAAUGUGAUCCCAUCUGGUCUAACAAGGGAGAGCCCAUAUAUGACUCAUCCAAUCUUUAACACGUACCAUACCGAGCAUGAACUGCUCAGGUAUAUGCAUAGGCUGCAAUCGAAAGAUCUUUCUUUGUGCCACAGUAUGAUUCCACUAGGAUCUUGUACAAUGAAAUUGAAUGCCACAAGUGAAAUGAUGCCAGUCACAUUUCCUAAUUUCACCGAUGUUCACCCUUUCGCUCCAACUGAACAGGCUCAAGGUUACCAGGAAAUGUUCGAUGAUUUGGGCAAUCUAUUGUGUACAAUUACUGGGUUUGACUCUUUCUCAUUGCAACCAAAUGCCGGUGCUGCUGGAGAAUACGCCGGGCUUAUGGUUAUUCGUGCAUAUCAUAAGGCAAGAGGGGAUCAUCAUCGAAACGUGUGCAUUAUACCUGUUUCAGCACAUGGGACAAAUCCUGCAAGUGCUGCCAUGUGUGGAAUGAAGAUUGUUGCUGUUGGAACUGAUGCCAAGGGAAACAUCAAUAUUGAAGAGCUAAGGAAGGCUGCUGAAGCCAAUAGGGACAACCUCUCUGCACUUAUGGUUACAUAUCCCUCGACUCAUGGGGUGUAUGAAGAAGGAAUCGAUGAGAUAUGUAAGAUAAUCCAUGACAAUGGUGGUCAAGUAUACAUGGAUGGGGCUAACAUGAAUGCUCAGGUUGGUCUCACAAGCCCAGGUUUUAUUGGAGCUGAUGUUUGCCAUCUCAAUCUCCACAAAACAUUUUGCAUUCCACAUGGAGGUGGUGGUCCUGGCAUGGGUCCUAUUGGUGUGAAGAAGCACUUGGCACCAUAUCUUCCUUCACAUCCUGUGGUACCUACAGGUGGUAUUCCAGCCCCUAGCCAGUCUCAACCACUUGGCACCAUUGCAGCUGCCCCUUGGGGCUCUGCACUUAUCUUGCCAAUAUCAUACACUUACAUAGCAAUGAUGGGUUCUAAGGGGUUAACUGAUGCUUCAAAGAUAGCUAUACUGAACGCAAACUACAUGGCAAAGCGUUUGGAGAAUCACUACCCUGUUCUUUUCCGUGGUGUCAAUGGAACAGUUGCCCAUGAAUUCAUUGUGGACUUGAGAGUCUUUAAGAACACUGCUGGGAUUGAGCCUGAAGAUGUUGCCAAGCGCCUUAUGGAUUAUGGAUUUCAUGGGCCUACAAUGUCGUGGCCAGUUCCCGGAACGCUUAUGAUUGAACCCACUGAGAGUGAAAGCAAGGCAGAGUUAGAUAGGUUCUGUGAUGCGCUUAUCUCGAUUAGGGAAGAAAUUGCAGAGAUCGAGAAAGGAAAUGCUGAUAUCCACAACAAUGUCCUCAAGGGAGCUCCUCACCCACCAUCUUUGCUCAUGGGAGAUACAUGGACAAAGCCAUAUUCUAGGGAAUAUGCAGCCUUCCCUGCUUCUUGGCUCCGUGUCGCCAAGUUCUGGCCUACUACAGGUCGUGUUGACAAUGUCUAUGGUGACCGGAACCUUAUCUGCACCCUUCUCCCAGCAUCACGGGUUGUUGAAGAACAGGCUGCAGCUACUGCUUAA